AUGCGAAAUCUGGCGUGCUAUGUUCUUGGCUUUGCAUGUGGGAUAUCGGCCACAAUGAUGUCAUUCCGCAUCUCGCCUAUCUCCGACUUGAAGGGUUUGAUGGUCCGAACCACCGCAACCACGGCUGAACCUGAGCCAGUGGAUGCAGAUCCUGCCUAUGAUGCCCCUGACGAUGAGAAUGAUGUGGGACCUUUUGAUUGUCCAGAAGGGUUAACAAACAUCACCACGUUGAUCAAGCGGAGUGGAUCUGAUAAGUUUUUUCCACAUCACUACGAGCGUUAUUAUGAACACUGGCUUAAAGACAAGAGAUGCAAGCCCGGCCUCAAAAUAGUGGAGAUUGGGGCUGAGCACGGGCGCUCCUUGAAGAUUUGGGAUGACUAUUUCACUUCUCCCAAGACAGUUUUGGGUGUGGCCUACGGCAAUUCUGCAGGUGGAGUAGAGAAGACACUUGGACCCAAGACUUCCGUGAUAUGGGGGGAUCAGUCAAAGAAUGAAACGAUGCAGGAUCUCAUUUCACGAGGGCCUUGGGAUAUAAUCAUUGAUGAUGCUUCUCAUGAACCAUCUCACAUGAUCUACUCUUUGUUCUCCCUGUGGAAGUCACUCAAACCUGGCGGCCUCUACGUCAUUGAAGACUUAGAGACAAACUACUGGCGUCACGGAAAGGUGGUCUACGGAUACAAGCUGAAGAAUACCGGAAUUGGCGCAACGGCAAAGUGGUCUGCCGUCAAAAAGAUAGAACAGAUCACUCAAGUCCUAGUCCGCCACCAAAUUGGUGCAAAAAAUUUGACGGUCAUGCCUGGUGAUGAAUCUCUGUGUGCAGUGGAGUGGGGCAUGAACAUCGUGAGACUACGGAAGUGUACUCGGGAGGAAAGGGCUUUCCAUCCAAAGAUGAGUCCAAAAGUUUUCUUUGACAAGAAGAAGAUGGAUGCAUGGAUUGAAGAGGCCAAAUCGACCAAUCCAAUUAUUUGA